ACUGUCUGACUGUGUUAUGGACGACUUCCUUUCGGCUACAACGUGGCGUACACAUGACGCAAAUACGUUGAGUUUGGAGAAUUCAACCUACGGCGCACAUUUAGCAUGCAGCGCUUUUGGAAACAGCGCCUCUCUUAUCAAGAUACUUUUUUGUAAUCGUCACAUCUGAAAAUCAUAACUUGCUAAUUAAGAUGUAUCGCCCUAAACCGACUUUAAGGGACCGACAGCACCUAUACAAGCUUAUAAUCAGCCAACUUCUCUAUGAUGGCUACACCAACAUUGCCAACAACCUCAUCAACGAGGUGAAGCCACCCAGUGUGGUGUCACCAUCUGAACAGCUGAUGCAGCUUGCAAAAAUUGGUAUGGAAAACGAUGAUAGUGCAGUUCAAUAUGCCAUUGGUCGGUCAGACACAGUGGCACCUGGUGUGGGAAUUGACCUGGAGUUUGACGCAGAUGUGCAGACCAUGUCUCCCGAAGCCUCAGAAUACGAGACCUGCUAUGUAACAUCUCACAAGGGGCCAUGUCGUGUUGCCACUUACAGCCGUGAUGGCCAACUCAUUGCCACAGGCUCUGCUGAUGCCUCCAUCAAGAUCUUGGACACAGAGCGCAUGCUGGCUAAAAGUGCCAUGCCCAUUGAGGUGAUGAUGAAUGAGACCGCCCAGCAGAACAUGGAGAACCACCCAGUGAUUCGGACACUGUAUGACCAUGUGGAUGAGGUCACUUGCCUUUCCUUCCAUCCUACUGAACAGAUCCUAGCCUCUGGAUCCCGUGACUACACCCUCAAACUCUUUGACUACUCAAAACCGUCUGCGAAAAGAGCUUUUAAGCAUAUUCAGGAAGCGGAAAUGCUUCGGUCUAUAUCCUUCCAUCCAUCAGGUGACUUUCUGUUAGUGGGAACCCAGCAUCCCACCCUGAGACUCUAUGAUGUCAACACCUUCCAGUGCUUUGUAUCAUGCAACCCAUUGGACCAGCACACAGACACCAUCUGUUCCGUCAACUACAACCCCAGUGCCAACAGUUAUGUCACAUGCAGCAAGGAUGGCAGCAUCAAGCUGUGGGAUGGAGUGUCAAACCGUUGUGUGACCACCUUUGACAAGGCUCACGACGGUGCUGAGGUCUGCUCUGCCGUAUUCUCCAAGAACUCAAAGUACAUUCUGUCAAGUGGGAAAGACUCUGUGGUAAAGCUGUGGGAGAUCUCUACUGGACGCACACUUGUCAAGUACACAGGUGCGGGCUUGAGUGGUCGCCAGAUGCACCGCACGCAGGGUGUGUUCAACCACACAGAGGACUACGUCCUUCUGCCUGAUGAGCGCACCAUCAGCUUGUGCUGUUGGGACUCGCGCUCGGCCGAGAGGAAGAACCUUCUGUCCCUGGGCCACAACAACAUUGUCCGCUGUAUUGUCCACUCGCCCACCAACCCUGGCUUCAUGACCUGCAGCGAUGACUUCAGGGCCCGCUUCUGGUACCGCCGCACCACCACAGACUGAGGGAGCAGGGAUCCCACUGAACCCUCAUAGCCGAACAGGUCCUGCAGGCCUGAUGACAGUCACUAAUCUUUCACCAUCAGAUCCUCUUUCUGUAGCUUUUUGUAGCUAACAAAGUUUUGAGGACAUUUUGUUUUAAACUUGCUUUUCUGCCAGUGGCAGUGGUAUUCAGGACUUCUGAUUACCUUGAAGCCAUCGUCUCACUGUUUGCAUCCUCAUCGAGCCACAGCCUGGGGGCGCUGUUUUCCAUAGAUGUUGGGAUAAUAUUUCUGAAUGACCAUUGCAGCACAAUAUUCAAUUUUAAACAGAGCCUAUUUUAGGAUCUAAAUUGCAUCUAACCAGACAAACAUUGACAUGUGGCUACAAGUCUUUCCACACAGUUUUGGUGGGGGAAAAAGAAUGACUUUAGUUGACAAUUCUUUGUAUUUUGUUUCUGUACUGUAUACAUUGUGUCAAUUUUUUUUAUUAAAGGCAAUUAUUUCCAUA